AUGGACAAGUUAAGAGAAAAGAUGAACAAGCUGAAGCUUGAAUCCGAAUCAUGGCAAGAGAAGGCCGACGAGUCUUCGCAGAAGGUGAAGGAGUUAGAGCAAGAGCUCUUGGAGAAGGAGAACGAAAUCAAGUCAUUAACCACCAAGAACCAGACCUUGGAGGAGGAAAACGAAAAGUUGGAAUCUGAAGUUGAAAACCACAAGAAGGUUGCUGGUGACUCCACCCACUUACAGACAUCCAACGAGAAUAUCCAAAAGAAAAACGCCAUGCUCGAGGAGGAAUUGGAGGCUUCUGAUAACAACUUGAAGGAAACCACUGCCAAGUUAAGGGAAUCCGACUUAAAGGUUGAGACUUUGGAGAACAAGCUAAGCGCAUUAGAGAAGGAGAAGGGCGAAUUGGAGACCAAGUAUGACGAAUUGGAGGAGAAGUACAAGAAGGCUGUCGAAGAAUUAGACGAAAUUUCAAACCAAUUGGAAGCUUUAUAA